GUGAGCAAAGUGUCAACACGGAAGUACCGAGCAGCGUCAGAUUUUACAGAUUUUUCUCCUUUCCGCCACCUUCUGCCUCCAGCUCGACUUCACCCACGAUGUUUCUCCCGAGAUUUCGGUGUUUGCGUUCAGCUGCGACUCUCACAUCGCGGUCACUGUGUUCAAAACCUGGGCGAGCUCCAGACAUGAAAGAAGUGAGGAACAGACUGAGGGAGAUCGUUGGAGCAUCCACAAACUGGAGUGACCAUCAGCAGGCCUUAGCAGAACGUGCAUCUCUAUCCUCCAUGUUGGCUCAGUCUCAGAGUGCUCUCCCUCCAAAGUCCAUGAAGGACAGUCUCCUGGAGGUGCACCUGCCGCUGGGGUCAGAGCCACAGCUGAGAGAGAAGUACCUCACCUUCCACAAUACUGUCAGGUUUGGCAGAAUCCUGGAGGACUUGGACAGUUUAGCAGUUCUGAUCUCGUACUCGCACACAUACAACUCCAGCCUGAAGAGAUCGCCACUGUCCAUUGUCACUGCCCUCGUCGACAAAAUCGACAUGAGACAUCACGUGAUCUACCCCGACUGUGACAUCAAGUUCACGGGUCAUGUGUCGUGGGUGGGCCGGACCUCCAUCGAAGCCAAGAUGCACAUGACCCAGUACAGAGAUGGAGCCUACGCACCAGUGUUAGAUGCUACAUUUGUAAUGGUCGCACGAGACCCUGAGAACAAGAGAGCAGCAUUUGUGAAUCCCCUGAAGCCUGCAGGACCAGAGGAGGAGAAACUGUUGCAGGAGGGAGAAGCGAAUAAGGCCCGGCGCGUGGAGCUGAGCACUGCCUCUCUGCUCAAAGUGGCUCCAACAGCAGAGGAGAGAAAAAUUGUCCACAGCCUUUUUCUCAACACACUAGACCAAAAGACAGUGAGUUUUCGCAGCAGAGUCCUUCCUCCAAACUCUGUGUGGAUGCAGGACGCCAAACUGAAAGGGCUGGAGAUCUGCCACCCUCAGCAAAGGAACAUCUUUAACCGUAUUUUCGGAGGGUUUCUGAUGAGGAAGGCCUAUGAGCUGGGCUGGGCCAACGCCUGCUCCUUCGGAGGUUGCCGUCCGAGUUUGGUGGCCGUCGACGACAUUUUGUUCCAGAAACCUGUGGAGAUUGGGUCUCUACUCCUGCUGUCAUCACAGGUGUGUUACACUGAGGGGAAAUACAUCCAGGUCAGAGUUCACAGCGAGGUGUUUGACCCUUUGACCCGGACUCACAACACGACCAACGUCUUCCACUUCACCUUCGCCUCGGACCGUGACGUUCCGAGCAUUAUCCCUGAAACCUACGGAGAGUCGAUGCUGUAUUUGGAUGGAAAAAGACACUUCAACCAAACUAUUCAAUGAGCUCCAUGGCUUUUAACUGAAAACUACAGAGAUUCACUGUCAUCCUCUUACAAGCAACAUUUUGAACCAAAGUUUACAGGAUUCUACGAAACAUGCCCUCUACUAAUGCUUGCUUAUGAUCUAACAUACCAGUAUGAAGUAGUUGUUUUUAAACAGGAAAGAUGUAUAUCUUAAAUAGAAACCCAAAUGAUCAAAACUAAAUUUUACUCAAGAUUCAAAGUCCUGGGUCACACCAAUUGUAACCCUGGUUUAGUUCUUGUAUAGUCCUGGUUUAACCCUAGUUUUAGUCCUGUUUUAGUCCAUGAAUAACUUUAGUCCUGCUUUAGUCCCACUUUAGUCCCACUUUAGUCCUGUUUUAGUCCUGUUUAAGUCCUGUUUUAGUCCAUGAAUAACAACGCAAAAACUUGGGUCUUGAUCAGAAAUUGUCCUAAUCUACAAUACCAAGUUACCCACAUCUCCACAGAUUUUUUAUUUUAUUUUAAGGUCAAUAUUAGCGGAGGGCACUUUUUUAUUCUCAUUUUUCAUACACAUAUCAUAUUUUUUUUUUUAUCUAGUUUAAACUUUCUUUCAUAUCAUAUUCUGUUACUGCUUUUAUUACAUUUUGCUCAUAGACUGUAUACAGUAUAUGUAAGUUAUACAGUCUAUGGUUUUGCUGCAUAUAUGGGACUAUGUUACACGUGUAUUCGUUUGACUUUACGCACUAACGGCUUAAGCUGAACGUCCAGAAGAGGCAGCUUAUGCUUUAUACAGAGGGAUGGGAGUGGCACUUUAAAGCCUUAUUAUUUCACUGCAAUGCAAUAAAAGAUUUUAUUUAUAAAAACUAAACCA